AUUUAUUGUUUGCAUUAAUAUUCUUUGCUUCCGCAUGUCAAAGCGCUCUCUCUCUCUCUCUCUCACUUCUUUUGCUUCUUCGCAAACACUUUCUUCGUUUUGUUUUUCGCUUUCAUAAAACAUGUAUCUUCCUCAAACGUUGUCGUAUGAUCAGCAGGUUGGUCAAUGAAUUGGAGGAUCCAAUAGGGAGCAGUGAAGCGCGGACGAGGAGAUGAAAGAGGAGUCAUCUGGGUUGAUCAUCGGGAUCUCCAUAGGGGUGGUGAUUGGGGUGCUUUUGGCUAUUCUUGCACUGUUUUGUAUUAGGUACCAUAGGAAGCACUCGCAGAUAGGGAAUAGCAGUUCUCGGAGGGCAGCAACUAUCCCUAUCCGCGCAAACGGUGCUGACUCUUGUACUAUAUUAUCUGACUCGACUGUUGGUCCGGAGUCACCCGUGAAGUCUGGGCGUAAUGGCAUGUCCGUGUGGCUCGACGGAUUUAGGAGGAGUAAUGUGGUGUCGGCAUCUGGAAUACUCGAGUACUCUUACAAGGAUCUGCAGAAAGCAACUUGUAAUUUUACAACUUUAAUAGGGCAGGGUGCAUUUGGUCCUGUUUACAGAGCUAAGAUGUCAACUGGUGAGAUCGUUGCUGUUAAAGUGCUUGGAACUGAUUCUAAGCAAGGGGCGAAAGAGUUCCAGACAGAGGUAAUGUUAUUGGGAAGGUUGCAUCACAGAAAUCUCGUGAAUUUGAUUGGAUAUUGUGAAGAAAAGGGCCAGCAUAUGCUGAUAUACGUCUAUAUGAGCAAAGGCAGCUUAGCAUCUCAUCUGUACAGUGAAAAGCAUGAACCAUUGGGCUGGGACUUAAGGGUUGAUAUAGCUUUAGAUGUUGCGAGAGGCUUGGAGUAUCUUCAUGAUGGGGCAGUUCCUCCUGUAAUACAUCGAGAUAUUAAAUCUUCCAAUAUUCUGUUGGAUCAAUCCAUGAGAGCCAGAGUUGCUGAUUUUGGGCUUUCUAGAGAAGAGAUGGUGGACAGACAUGCAGUCAAUAUACAGGGUACUUUUGGGUAUCUUGAUCCCGAGUAUAUAUCUACAAAGACUUUCACCAAGAAAAGUGACGUUUACAGCUUUGGAGUCUUGCUCUUUGAACUUAUAGCUGGCAGAAAUCCUCAACAGGGUCUUAUGGAAUAUGUUGAACUCGCAGCAAUGAAUACUGAGGGGAAAGUUGGGUGGGAGGAAAUCGCAGAUUCCCGUCUUGAAGGGAAAUUCGAUGUGGAAGAGCUCAAUGAAGUGGCUGCUCUCGCAUACAAAUGCGUCAACAGCAUCCCAAGAAAGCGGCCUUCCAUGAGGGACAUUGUGCAAGUGCUGUCGCGGAUCCUUAAGUCAAGACACAAUAAGAAGCAUCACAACAAGUCCCUAUCUUCCAUCCCAGAUGAAGUUUCAAUUGAUGUUGACCAUCCAGAGACCAAGACUCCAAUCUCUGAACACCAAAGAGAGGAAUCUAUGGAUAGCACAGCUGACACCUUUGAAGUAUAGAUGAUGGUUUUUCCAUUUGUUCAUUUGUUUUUUUCCUUGGUUUUUUGGUUUUGCCUUUUAGCUUUAUGUGCAGUCUGAAAGGAGUCAAAACUUAAAAGGCUAGCAGAUCUGUUGUAGUUCUGUUUUCUGCUUGAGUGACUUAGGAUUCAGAAUUUCAGAUCAUGUUCCUUGUAAUUUUGUGCAACAUAGUUCAAUCUUUUGUCUCUCUGUUUUUUUUUUUUUCUUUUUUUCUUGACAUGUCCUUAGGUCUGUAAAUUGAAUACUUCAGAAAUGAAAAUGAAGGAAAAUCAACAUUUUCUGUAAA